GUGUUUCGAAAACGCCUUUAAAAAAACAUAGAAGACAGGAAAUAUUGCAAGCGAAUGCAGCACAGUGAUGGGAAAGAUGAAGAAGCGGCAGUGCUUCUUUCUGCUCACUUAUACGGUGGCCUUCGCCAUCUCCGCCUGUCUGAGUUUCAACAUUGACACGACAAACAUAAGCGUCUACACUGAGAAAAAAACAGGAUCCUUUGGGUACAAAGUGCUUCAAUUCACAUCUGGAACAAACAAAGGAGUCCUUGUCACAGCACCCCAUCUAAGCGGAACUGGACAACUAUCCAACGCUGAGCAACACCAGUGUUUUACUCCUCCAGCUAUUUCUUUGAAAAAUGAAACAAUACCAGUCAAACACUUUGGACUAUCGAUGGCUGCAAGCCCCACACGCGCCACGUUCACUGUUUGUAGUCCAAGUUUAGUGCACGAGUGCCAUGAGAACUCAUACCUGCACAGUGUGUGCUAUGAGAUGACAUAUGAUCUAAAACCCUCCUCCUUUUUCAAGCCUGCUUUUCAAGCAUGUACAAAGAAAACUGUCAACCUUGUCUUUCUGUUUGACGGCUCGGAAAGUAUGACCACCGAGGAUUUCAACAAAAAUAAAGUCUUCAUAGUGGAUGUAAUGAACAGCCUUAAGAACACAUCAAUCAAGUUUGCUGCAGUUCAAUUUUCCUCGAAAACCAGAAAGGUUUUUGACUUCAAUGACUAUGAUGCGGGUGAUUCGUUCGCUAAGCUGCAGCGGGAAGAGCAUAUGAAGAAACUCACCAACACACACAGGGCUCUCAAUUAUACACUAAUAAACAUUCUUGAAAAUCAAACAGCUGGAGCCUCCCCUGAUGCAACUAAAGUUGUGAUACUAAUCACAGAUGGCGAUCCCACCGAUAAGAACAACCAAGACAUUGAAACAUAUGAUGCAAAGAACAUCAUUCGUUUCGUCAUUGGGGUCAAAAAUGUACAACUGGAAAAGCUUCAGGCUAUCGCUUCAGAACCGAGACAAAACAACACCUUCAAAAUUGAGGACUAUAGCGGACUGAAAGGAAUACUGGAAAACUUCCAGAUAAAGAUCUUUCAAAUGGAAGGGACUGACGUGGAUCGAGCCGGAGAAAUGACUAAUGAAAUGUCUCAGAGUGGAUUCAGUGUUGCCUACAACAAGCGUACGCUGGUUCUGGGUGCAGUCGGAUCAAACUCUUGGAGGGGCUCUCUUUACGAACAUCACCUGGAAACAGCAGCCGAAAACCAAAUCACAGAUCCCAACAUGAAAAACGAUUCUUACAUGGGAUAUUCUGUUGCUGUUGGAGAGAAGAACAAAGUUCCUCUAUAUUUCACGGGUGCACCAAGAUUUGACCAUGAAGGACAGGUCAUUCUUUUCACACAUAAUGGCAAUAACUGGACUGUAAGAGACAGAAUAAAUGGCACACAGAUUGGUUCUUAUUUUGGAGCGGAGCUGUGCUCAGUGGACAUCAACUCAGACGGCAACACUGAUUUCUUACUGGUGGGGGCACCGCAGUUCUACCUGCCUGAAGAGAAGAGGGAGGGGCAGAUCUACAUCUACAGUCUGACUCAAGAGAUAAACCUGCAGGCAGAGAUGACAGUAUCUGUGCCAUCUUUAGGAAGAUUUGGAACCACCAUCUCCUCUCUGGCAGAUCUGAAUGGAGAUCAAUUACGAGAUGUUGCUGUUGGAGCCCCAUUGGAGGAUAAUAACAGAGGGGCUGUGUACAUCUACCUGGGAGAGCAGCACAGAGGGAUGCGCACCACUUUCAGCCAGAGAAUCCCGGGACAGAAAAUAAAACCAGAGCUGAAUCUGAGAUUUUUUGGACAAUCCAUUGAUGGGAACAUUGACCUUGGAGAAGAUGGACUACCAGAUAUCGUAGUUGGAUCACAUGGCACUGCAACUGUCUUACGGUCAAAGCCCAUUUUUAAUGUCACAGCACAGCUAUCUUUUGAACCUUUGGAGAUAAGCACUGAGAACAUCAACUGCGUGACGUACACAGAAAUUAAUCUACCUAUGGGAAAUUUAACCGUCUGUUUUCAAAAAGUACAGACAACAUUCAGCAAACCAGGAGAAAAGAGCUUGAACAUUUCAUACACAGUUGAAGUGGAUCCAAAUAGACUAAUGCACCGAGGUUUUUUAAGCGACAGCAACAGGAAAGCUCGGAACCUUACCUUAACCAAGCUGCUGACAGGCAACACCAACUGCUUCAAUCACCUGAUCUACAUGCCGACAUGCGUGAAAGACACAUUGUCACCAGUCAGCGUCCAACUUAAUUUUUCACAAGUGGAUGAUGAGAAAGCAGAUGCAGUCUUGAAUGUGGACAACACAAGGCACGCCGUGGUUAAAGUUCCCUUUACGAAAGAAUGCAGACAAAAUGACACCUGUAUUGCAGAACUUGAGGUGGACUUCAACUUCAUGACCUCAACAUUACUGGUGGUGGACCAGGACUAUUUCAACGUCUCUGUAACACUGUCCAAUCAUGGAGACGACUCGUACAACACCAGCCUCACACUGUUCUACCCUCCGGGCCUCUCCUUCUCCAUGAUGACUCUGACAAAGCAAACGAGGCCGACGCUGCACAGCUGCAAUGACCAAAAAGAAGUCAUUGACAAAACCACAUGUGGCAUCAGUCUUCCUGUGUACCGCAGCAGAUCUUCCGUAACAUUCAAAACAGUUUUCCGCAUCAUCAGUAAUGACUGGAACGACACAAUGUCAAUGACCAUCACUGGAAAAAGCGAUAAUAUGAAUUCAGCCAGCGCUUCCCUGACCAAACACAUCCCUGUGCAGUUUCAAACUGACAUGGCUGUAACCCUGACAGACACGGUCAAUUAUCUGAACUUCACUCCAGAGGACAGUGCACCUAAAAAACUAGUAACUACUUAUAAGGUAAAUAAUCUGGGUUUUAAGGCUUUUCCUGUCAACGUGUCCCUAGUCUUGCCAACUAAACUGGAGUAUAAUUUUGAAAUGCACAAGGUUCAAGUCCUCGUUCAACAGAAUAAAACUCAAUGCAACAUAAUCAUGGAUGUGAAGUCUGAAUACUGCUCCCUGGAGAAAUACUGCAAAUCUAUAGUAUGCGACAGUUUCACCCUGGACAGACAAUCAAGUGUUGACUUUACACUGUCUGGGGACGUACAGUUUCUGGACCUGAAGCAACAUGCGGGGAGUAUUGCUUUUCUAAAACUAUAUACCGGAGACAGAGCCGAAAUUAAAUUUAAGAGCAGCCUACAUGUUGAUUAUGACAGACAACGUUACAUCCAAGCAUCUCAAAAACAGAACACACAGGAAAAAUCUGCUUUCUCGAAAGGCAAUGAACCGGCAAAGCAAUCGGAAGUUCAGGUGGAGUUCAUAAUCCCUCCUAAUCAAUUAGUCAUCACUGCAACCGGAGCUGGUUUGGGAUUCUUACUUCUGAUCAUCAUCACUGUUAUUCUGUGUAAAUUGGGAUGUUUCAAGAGGAAGACGCAGGAGUAUUAUCAGCAACAGAACGCAACUUCUCCUCAAACUGCCUCCCUCCUCGAGAACAACUCUGCAGUGACACCUACAUCAGCCAGCCAAUCAGAAACUGAUGGCAAGCCCGACCAGCCUGCAGAGGAAAAACUGGUUCUUGAUAACGGCAACGCUGAUAGCAGCAUCUCGCCUGACAGUACGGAGAAGGAAUUAGAGCUGACUGAGCCUAUUAGUGAAUCUACCGCUGACUGUACGGACUGACUUGUACGGAUUUUGCUGCCAUUAAAGGACAUUGUCUGCACGCUGUGGGUCACUAACAUAAAUAUUGUGAGCCUCUUUCCUGAAACAUCACACAUUCCCCAAACAUCGUAAGGAGGCAUUAAUGAUUUUUUUUUUUUUUUUACCUUAUGUAACAUGUUGCACGACUGAAAGACUAAAAUUUUGCUUAUCGGCUUAGGCACAAGUUGAAGUAAUUCUGUUGUCAUUAGUAGUGUAACGGCUCACAGUUAAUUCAUGAUCCAUAUGGCCGCACACACCGGUUUGGAACACGUGAGCCGUGGAGUAAUUGCAGAAUUUAUAAAAGUGUGAUUUUGUGUUAUGGUGGCUUGUUUUUAAUGUGAUAACUGAUCAUUUUGAUGCAGUUGUUGUAAAUUCACAGUCUGAGUGAAAUGCAAAUGUUCCAGACCCACAUACAGCCCACUUAAUAAUAAUAAAAAAAAGCUGCCUCGCGGAGAGACUGUAGCUCUCGCUGUCAUUGGACGCUCACACAGCCCGUUACAACCUCGUGCUCAGACCGCUACAAAAACAGGCUCAGCUGGGGCUCUAUAUUGCUCCUCAAAAUUCAAUAUGAUACACUGGACGUCCAAUACUCAAUAUGUAGAGAUACAUUUAUGUGCUUAAUAUAUUUAAAUGUGUUUAUAAGUUAGUGUACAACCCAGUUACUGCUUAAUUUUCUUUGGUACAUUUCAUCUUUUCUUUGCUUUUACUCCAAACUGAGCUCACAGUUUACAUGUUUGUAUGAUAAAAAUACUAACCCCAAAAGCUUUAAUCAUUUUCACAAUUAUGGGUUCGCUCAACCUGACCUGAUUUUAAUGCUACAACCCCAAACCCAAUGGACCCCGGACCCAGUACUCCCGGAGCACCCCCCCCAGGAUGCCCCGAGGGACACGGUCGAAUGCCUUCUUCAGAUCCACAAAGCACAUGUGGACUGGUUGGGCGAACUCCCAUGAACCCUCGAGC